GUUGGUUGUGGAGGUUGUCACACGAUGGUGCUAGGCUACCAGCCUCCUACCAUCACGCCAGUUAGUCUACACAAAAUCUCAACGAUGCUACCACCUCUUCGCGGUGGUAGCGCUCUACCGCCUCUACGUCGAUCAUUGACCUCCACAUCUCCCCCAGACAAGACACCGACUGAAGAAGAUGGCGCGAAUGAAGAGAAUCCUGUAGCCGAAUGUCGGGCCGAAGUGCUGGCCGUGGCAGAAGUCGCCCCUCCUGCACGUCAGGAUCCUGCACCCGACGUUGAUGAAGAUUUUUCUGGGGUCCCACCAACUGCAGAUGACGUCCAAAGAUCCGACGAACCCGGUGAUGAAAAUGAAGACGGAGGUGACAAGGAAGAAGCUGAGGCUGCUAAGCAGGAGAAGAAAGGCAACGCGUUCACACGGCUCCUCAAACACUUGGGUCGGCGGAAGACGUCCUCCGAAUCUCAGGUCUCGGACUCGUACACCGCAUCUGAUCCGCAGCCUACGGAAGCUCCUGCGUACACAUCCUCCACCGACGCCGUGCCGCCAGCUACUGACGAAGGCGCCGCCGAUGAGGUGGACGACUUGCUGGAUGCUCGCGCCGAGGCGUCCGCGCCCAGCGCUCAGGAAGUCGCCGCGGCGUCUCUGGAGCUGUCGCCUGAUGAUGACCAGAAGGCGCAGGGUGGUAUUGUACAGCGACUCCGCCACCUGCGUAAGGUGAACAACAUCACAGAUGGUCACCUGGAGGAGACGCAGCCACCUGUCCUCCCCCAGCAGCAGCCAUCUGAUGUGCCUUCUGAUGGACCAGCUGACAUCGAAACUGUGCAGUCCCGCGCCUGCACCAUCCUGUAGGCAACGGCAAAUUUGAUUCCAUGGUGCCGAACUGCGGAUGGAGUUUUCACCCUGCGGAUGGAUGAAAACGGCGGAUGUCUUUUCACCCUGAGCUUUCUGGGCCUGUACAUAUCGAGGAAUGGACGUCUAAACAUCACAUUUGUCGAAUAAUUUUGUACAUUUAUUCAUCUGUACAUGUUUGAGGUCGCGGAGGAAUCGGAUUCUGCGAGAGUGGUGGUCGGUCGGGAAACCAAACUUACCUGUUGUACUGGUUUUGCUGACUGUGAUGUUAGUGGUUGUAAGGUGAAGGUAUUUUUGCAAAAAAAAAAAAGAAUUUUUACCUGUAAUCGUGAUUUGUCAUAUUCAUUGUCGAACAAAGUAAUAUUUUAAGCGUAUUGAUGUGUGCGAUGGGGCACAAAUUUACCGCGAAAUUUUAUGAGACCAAAUCAUAGUUUCGUGGCCAAAAUAAAAUAAUCUGCGGCUGCAGAAACUAGCGUCGUUUGGUCGAAGAGCUGAUUUCAUCGUGCAUUUAACAAUAUUUGUAUUAUAAUCUAUGGACAUUUUAUUUUUAAGUGAGACUUGCAGCUUUUUGAGUCAAAAAUUUAGAAUGUACUUUGUGACUUUUGGCGCAUAAAAAAGUUCGAGAAAAAUUACAUUUAUUCGUAUGGACCAUUUCACGAUUUUCGAGACCGCACGAGUAAAUAGGCCGUUAAUUAGCUCUUUUAUUGAAAAGAUUUUCAGGCUGAAAUUUCUACACAUCUGAAAUUUCUGCAUAAAUUACUGCACAUUGCUAAUAAAUGUGAGCGUGCAAAAUCACUCCAAAGUAACAGAUCUCUGGCCCUCAGUCUCAGUUCUAUAUAUGUUUGUUACGUUUGUAAAUAUGUCUCUUCGUAACGUAGCAUUCAUCUUCACCUCCCUCCAGGCAAAUAAUGUUGAAACAAACUUAAUUACGAGUUAAUUUCAGUUGAAACAACGUUUAAUCACCGCUAUUUCAACGUUGAUGGCAUGAAAUUAAGAUGAACACUACAAAAGCAACGCUCGUCUCGUAAUUCUUAUAAUAAGUAAUUAGUCCAAACUUUCCUUCAGCAUUACUUAUUUUACGAAUGCCAAAUUUUUAUUCGUAAAUUAACGUUCAAAAAAUAUUUUACGAAAU